AAAUGAAUUAAAAUGAUGUACGAUCAACAGCAGCCACAAGUGAAGUUAAUGGAGAUGAGCAGAAACCCAGGAGGAGAUCAUCAUCAUCGCAGUCCGAGAAGAUCGUCAAGUACGGAUCCGGAAGAGAAGGUUCGGCUAGGGAUCGUGGAUUUGAGUGGGAUGUCGUUGGAUUCCCUUCCGAUUCCUUCUCUCAACUUGGCUACCGUUUCCAAGCUAGACCUCUCCAAUAACAAUCUUCAGAGCAUACCAGAGUCUCUUACAGCAAGGUUACUAAACGUGGUGAACUUGGAUGUGCACUCUAAUCAGCUCAAAUCUCUCCCCAACUCCAUCGGUUGUCUCUCUAAGCUUAAGUUUCUCAACGUCUCCGGUAACCUUCUCCAGGAUCUCCCUAAAUCCAUCGAAAAUUGCAGGUCAUUAGAAGAGCUGAAUGCCAACUUCAACCACCUUACAAUGCUACCAGAUACCAUCGGCUUCGAGCUCAUCAACUUGAAGAAACUCUCAGUAAACUCAAACAAGUUGAUUCUCUUACCUCAAUCAAUCUCCCACUUGACAUCGUUACGAGUUCUCGACGUACGCCUCAAUUGUCUGCGCUCUCUCCCUGAUGACAUGGAGAAUUUGAUCAACUUAGAGGUUCUCAACGUCAGCCAAAACUUCCAGUAUCUCGAAACUCUACCCUACUCCAUCGGUCUGCUCAUUUCACUAGUGGAAUUGGACGUCAGCUAUAACAAAAUAAAAUAUCUGCCGGAUUCCGUCGGAUGUUUGAGGAAGCUCCAGAAGCUUAGCGUGGAAGGGAACCCUCUGGUUUCGCCGCCGAUGGAGGUGUUCGAGCAGAGCUUGCAGGUGGUCCAGGAGUACCUGUGUGAGAAAAUGAAAGCAGCAGGGGAAAACCCCCGAAAGAAGAAAUCAUGGGUGGGGAAGUUGGUGAAGUAUGCGACCUUCAAUGGGAAAAUGAUGACGAGUGGUGGUGGUGGCCGCCGGAGCGGGUACUGGGAGAGAGAAGGGUUCAUCAUGUCGGAAUAUAAGUCCAUCGACGGUCUAGCUUCGCCUCGCUACAUGGGAAUGGCGUCACCCGGCCCACGCUUCUCGCCUCUCAACAUGGGGAUGUUGUCGCCUCGCCGCAUCUUCUCGCCUCGUACUUACUGCACCAGAUGACUAAAAAUUACAUGGGAUGGAAGGCAAACU